AUGAUAAAGAUGGAGCUCUCCAGGAUUCACUUGUUGCUUGGAGCCGUAGGGUUUCUUCUGUGGACCAGCGGUGGCUCUGCUGCACCCAUGGAGUGCCACUUCAGCUCCAGAGCUCUGUGUGUGUACGAGGGGAGGCACUACUCACUGGGUGAAACCUGGAUGGACGACGCUUGCAUGCAAUGCACCUGUCUGCACCCUGUUGGGGUCGGUUGCUGCGAGACAGUGCAUCGGCCGGUGGAUUUCCCCGCAUGGUGUGAAGUGCAGGUGGAGCCAGUGACCUGCAAAGUGUCUCUAGUCCAGUCAGCUGACCCCCGCCUGCCCUGCUCCCCGGGUGAUGCUAACAAGGACCCGAGUCAUGGUUCGCUUCACCUGCAGCAGCAUCUCGAGGGCUAGAACGCAACUAUCACCGAGCAACUCUGCUGCCACUCUGCCUGCCCAUGGAGCCGAUACUCACUACAGUUAGAUAUCCAUAACCAUUACUCAUCUUCAGUAUAUGAAUUAUUCAUAUAGGGAAUAUGAUGCUUAGCAAUUUUUAAGCAAAUGUGCAGCAAUUUACACAAAAUAAUUUGAAGUCUUAACAGAUGUAGAAAAUGUAGGUGCCUGCCUGCUUUAGAAGCAUUUCAAUUUCUAUUUACGCUUUAAUCAGUUAGCAACUUCUCUAAUCACAGCUCAGCUUAUUAAACUCCUUUUAAGUUUACAGGAUUUUAAAAUGCUAAAUAACAUCCAACUUUUAAGUGUUUUUUUUGUAAAGGUCCUGAUAUUAAUCCAACUACUAUCUUUAAUUAACCCACUAAUGACC